AAAAAAAAAAGGAGAGAGAAAAAGAAAGAAAGAAACACUCAUUCAAAUCAGGAACAACCAUUAAAGUCAUGAACAACUCAUCGGAUUCCACUGGAAACGGUUCGAAUAAAAAAAACAAUGCCACCAACCCUAGCAGCGACAACAACACAGGCACUGUUGCAAAAGACAAAUCCGAUAGCAAAUCUGCAAAUAACGGAAGCAAUAGUAAUAAUAACAGUAAUAGUAAUAACAAUAAUGGACAAGAAAAGACACAACAACAGUUGGAUGAAGAAGCCGCCUCUGAUCCCAAAAAGAAGAGAAACGGCCCCAAGAGACGCAAAGUAACCCAUGCAUGUGUAUACUGCCGACGAUCCCAUAUGACCUGCGAUGAUGGUCGGCCAUGUCAACGCUGCAUCAAAAGGAAUAUUGGACAUCUAUGCCAUGAUGAACCUAAACCCUCGGCUGCUGCUGCUGCUGCUGCGGCCGCCGCCGCGCCCUCUGCUUCAACUUCAACCUCAUCUCAGCAUCUCAAUACAAACACUAACCAAGUAGCAGGACUUUCAAGAUCUUCAGAUGCACGAAGGACGCAACAACAACAACAGCAGCAGCAACAGCAACAACAACAGCAGCAGCCACAGGUUCAACAACCCUUCAGUCAACAACAAUUAGCACAGUUGCAGAACAGUGGACUGGGUAAUAUCCAACAACUUUAUGGGUUCAACAAUCAAUUGGCUGCACUCCCUGUUACACCUUUGACAUUUGCAAGUGAACAUAUGGGGAAUGAGUUUACUGUCAUUAGUGACUUUCUUGAGAGUUUAGGAGGCGACCAACAAAAUGUUUUUGCAGAUGCAGCGAUCCCUGUUAAUACGACUGAAAAAUUCUUCUUGACGGCUGCAGAUCCCAGUGACGGCACAAAUGAAGAUCGAUUGACUCAAGUGAUUAAUGCUAAGUUUGAGGCAGGAUUUUUGAAGCCGUACAACUAUGUCAACGGAUACUCACGUCUGCAAAAAUACAUGGAUAGCAACAUGUCGAAUAUUAGUCGGCAAAGGAUAUUGAAUGUCAUGGGAACAUUUCGACCUGCUUUCAGAACUGUUGCUCAGUCAUUGACGGAUAUUGACCUUGUUUUAGUAGAAGAAGCUUUUGAAAGAUUACUUUUGGAUUAUGAUCGAGUCUUUAGCUCGAUGGGCAUUCCUGCAUGUCUAUGGAGGCGUACGGGAGAGAUUUACAAAGGUAACAAGGAAUUUGCGUCGCUUGUCAACGUUCCACUCGAGAUGCUCCGUGAAGGACGUCUAUGUAUAUACGAAUUAAUGGCAGAAGAGUCUGCAGUGAACUAUUGGGAGAAAUAUGGAAAUAUUGCGUUCGAUGCAGGACAAAAGGCUGUUUUAACAUCUUGUCUUCUCAAGAACCCAGAUCCAGAAAGUCAAAAUGUUAUUUCCUGUUGUUUCUCUUUUACGAUCAGGAGAGACAAGUACAACAUUCCAACAGUGAUUGUUGGCAAUUUCUUGCCUGUUUCUUUGGGCUGAAAAAAGCAAAGGAAAUGAGCAGUGGAAGG